AUGUGUUCCCACCAAACGGCUUCUUUUUCGAUAAAUACGGAUAGAGAAGCUUUGCUCUCGUUCAAGUCCCAAAUUAGCCAAAAUCCACAAUCACUUUCAUUCUCUUGGGACCGAAACACAUCUCCUUGUAAUUGGACUGGCGUGACUUGCAACACACGUAACAGAAGAGUGGCUUCCAUCAACCUCUCUGGUCAUGGUCUCACCGGUUCCAUAAGCCCAAGUAUUGGUAAUCUCUCUUUUCUUACAUCUCUUCAACUUCAAAAUAACCAAAUUCGAGGUCCAAUUCCAAAAGAGAUCACAAAUCUUUAUCGUCUAAGGGUUCUUAAUUUAAGCUCUAACAGCUUAGAAGGAUUCUUAACUUCCAACCUAAGCAAGUUAAUAGAACUACGAAUCCUUGAUCUAACCUCAAAUAUGAUCACGGGUAUCGUUCCAAACCAACUUGGUGAUCUUAAGAACCUAACUAUUUUAAACUUGGGAAAAAAUCUGUUGCAUGGACCCAUUCCACCAUCUCUUUCAAACAUUUCAUCUCUCACCGUUUUAAGCCUAGGCACAAACUCCCUUAGUGGUCUAGUUCCUUACGAGUUAGGUCGUCUUCAAAGGUUACAAGUCCUUGAUCUCACCAUAAACAACCUCUCUGGAACAAUUCCUCCUUCUAUUUACAACGUCUCGUCUCUAGAAUCAUUGGUUAUUGCUUCAAACAACUUUUGGGGUCGGUUUCCUAGCAACAUAGGAUACACACUUCCAAAACUCUUGGUUUUCAACGUUUGUUUCAACAAGUUCAGCGGAGAGAUUCCAGCUUCUUUAUACAACCUCACAAAUAUUAAGGUUAUCCGUGCUGCACACAACCUCUUAGAAGGGACCAUACCACCAGGAUUGGGCAAUCUCCCAUUUCUAGAAAUGUACAACAUUGGAUUCAACAAGUUAGUUUGGGGUAGAGAUCAAAAUCUUGAUAGUUUCAUCAAGUCUUUGAGUAAUAGCUCCAAACUUAACUUCCUUGCAUUUGAUGGAAACCUUUUGGAGGGUGUUAUUCCGGUAUCUAUUGGCAAUCUUUCGAAGAAUAUUUCCAAACUUUUCAUGGGAGGCAACCGCUUUACGGGUAAAAUCCCUUCGUCCAUCGGCGAUCUGACAGGAUUGACUCUGUUUAACAUCACUGACAACUCACUCACUGGUGAAAUCCCUCAAGAGAUUGGGAAACUAAAAGGUUUGCAAGUGUUAGAACUCGCGAGAAAUCGGCUUAGUGGAAGAAUACCAGAGUCUUUUGGUGAUCUGGGAGCGUUAAAUGAGAUCAACCUAUCACACAACAUACUAGAAGGUGGGAUCCCACCAUCAUUUAUAAACUUCAAGAAUAUGUUAUCCAUGGAUCUAUCCAACAAUAUGCUAAAUGGAAGCAUACCAAAUGGAGUUCUUAGCCUACCUAGCUUGAGUGCGGUUUUGAACUUAUCUAAAAACCUAUUUUCUGGUCCGAUUCCUCAAGAUAUAAGUCGCCUCGAAAGCCUUGUGAGUCUAGAUCUCUCUAGUAACAACUUCUCAGGCCACAUUCCUUCAUCUAUCAAAGAUUGUCAAAGCUUGGAGAAGCUAAACAUGGCUAGCAAUAAUCUUGACGGACCAAUCCCGGAUGCACUAGCUGAAGUAAAAGGUCUAGAGUUUCUUGAUCUCUCUUCAAACCAGCUUUCCGGUGUUAUUCCUCCAAAACUUCAGGAGUUACAAGCUAUGAAGUUCUUGAAUCUUUCAUUCAACAAUCUUGGAGGAUGGGCCCCAAGCAGUGGAAUAUUCAAGGAUCAUUCUAAAGCUUAUAUGGAGGGGAAUCCAAAGCUUUGCAUUCACGCCACUUGUCGAAAAACUCGGACGCACUUUAAGAUUUUGAAAAAAGGCCAAAAAGUCUACCACAUCUACAGCAUCAUCAAAUUCACUCCUCAAGGAACCAUUUAUGAAUGUCUCAUAUAA